AUGGAAAUUGAAGACUAUGGAAAAUAUAAAUAUGGGGCCUAUAAUAUUCUAUAUUCUGUAUUAUCUGCUAAAUCUAUUGAUAAUGGUAAAUUUUUUGACUAUUCUAAAGAAACAUCUCCAAAUAAUUUAGCAUUUGGUCAAGAAUUAUGUGACAAUUCUCAAAAUAUUUGUUAG